CAUCGCGGGCGCGACGCCCCUAGGGACAGUGUGGGUUUGGGUUUCGGGAGGGUUCGGUGGCAGGACCGGCGGGGAAGAUGCCAGUGGCGGUGAUGGCGGAAAGUGCCUUCAGUUUCAGAAAGUUGCUGGAUCAAUGCGAGAAUCAGGAGCUCGAGGCUCCUGGAGGAAUUGCUACACCCCCAGUGUAUGGUCAGCUUCUAGCUCUAUAUCUGCUCCAUAAUGACAUGAAUAAUGCAAGAUAUCUUUGGAAAAGAAUACCACCUGCUAUAAAAUCUGCCAAUUCUGAACUUGGGGGCAUUUGGUCAGUAGGACAGAGAAUCUGGCAGAGAGACUUCCCUGGGAUCUACACGACCAUCAGCGCCCACCAGUGGUCCGAGACGGUCCAGCCAAUCAUGGAAGCACUAAGAGAUGCAACAAGGAGACGAGCCUUCACCCUGGUAUCGCAAGCAUAUACCUCCAUCAUCGCCGAUGACUUCGCAGCCUUUGUUGGGCUUCCUGUAGAAGAGGCUGUGAAAGGUAUUUUAGAACAAGGAUGGCAAGCUGACUCCACCACGAGAAUGGUUAUGCCCAAAAAGCCGGUUGCAGGGUCCCUGGAUGUUUCCUUUAACAGAUUUAUUCCUCUAUUAGAGCCUGCCCCAGUCCCACCAAUCCCCAAUGAACAGCAGUUAGCCAGAUUGACUGAUUACGUGGCUUUCCUUGAAAACUGAUUUGUUAUACAAAGUUCAAGAUCCACCUUCAGAAUCCUGUAUACCGACAAAUAGAGAAAUGUAAAAUUUUUAUUUUCAAUUUAUUGAAUGAUUAAGCACCUCGGCAUUCCUUACUGAGUAUGUGAUAAAAUACAUAUAUAAUAUAAAAUUAUAUAUAUUUUGUCCCUAAACAUUAGGCUGAAUAGUUGUUGAAACGAUUCUCAUCUUGUAAUAUUCAUCAGUUCGGAUGGAGCCCAUCAGUAUUACGUGGCGAGGUUAUUUUUCCUAGUGACUCAUAAGCCUAGCUCUCCUGUUUAUUGUAGAGCAGAAGUCGUCAGCUGUGUCUUCCCUGCACCCCCACCCCCAGCACACUCCCACCGGUACCUUGAUUGAUAGUCGUUUGAUUCAUUUGAGGAUCGAGGAUGACUACCCCAGAAGGCAGUAUCACACUUGCUGGGGAUUCAGACUCACCCUCUUUGGAGAAUAUGCUCUCUUUUUCGCCUCGCCUCCUGAGACUACUAAAAUAUAGCUGAGGAACAAAAGGCCAUUUCCUUCAAAAACUAGUUUCCUAACUUGAGACUUUUGCUGAUGCUGUGAGUGCAUCCAUUGCUGGCAGUGGAGGGCUUGCCGUGAAAAUGCAGCUUAUUUAAGACGUUCACAAGAUACGUUAAGUUAUAAUAUCUCCUUUCAAAAGGAAGGAAAAGUGGAGUGCAUGAUAGUGGAAGAGAAGCUUUUAAGAUAAGUGAUACACUUGGUACAACUCUCCAUGCAGCCUGUUGGUUGCUUGUAUUUAUCCCUCAGUUCAAGUUCUGCCUUUUAGAGAAAUACUGAAUAACCUGUCUUGCAUUUUUUGUGUGAUAGCCCUCUGGACAUUUGAACUUGUUUAUUGUAUCUUCAGGUUAACAUACUCCCUGUUCAUUUUUCUGCGUUUGGUUAAUAAAUAUUUAAUUGAAUUCUUCAACUCUUUCAUCUAA